AUGGAUCCCUACGACAGCGACUCGAGUGUGGACGAAGAUUUCACAGAGACCGGUGUGCUUCUCGGAUACGCCGAUGAGGAGGUCAUAGAAGACACCAUCAGCCAUCUUGGUGGUUGGCCGUCAUGGAUCGAUGAGAAUACCCCUCCACCAGGCGACUACGCCAACUGCAAAGUCUGCAACAGCCCGAUGCUACUCCUUCUCGAACUGCACGGCGAUCUGCCCGACAACUUCCCCAAUAACGAGCGCCGCCUGUACAUAUUUGGAUGUCCCAGGAAACCAUGCAAUCGCAAGCCUGGCAGUAUCCGGGCAUACCGCGCAACUCGCAAGGUCAGUCUUCCCGGCCUACCACUGCCGCAGCCGCAGAAGGUGGAAAAGAAGAAACCCGAUCCCAAGCCCGAGCCCGAGCCCGUCGCGCCCCCAAAGCCCAAGCUAGACCUGGGAGCAAGUUUGUUCGGCGCGACCGCGCUGACGAGCAGCGUGUCGGCAAACUCCAAUCCCUUCUCGCUCACACCUGGCUCCGGCGCGGCGGCUGCGGGGGCCAAUCCAUUUGCGAUGCCCAAGCCCGCGACGCCCGCUGGCCCGGCCCCUACCCCGGCUGCCAAAUCUUCCACUACGACCUCUACAAGUGCGCUUGCUGAAUCAUUCGCCGAUAAGGUCCGGAUUUCCUCUCCCGCCCCGGCCAGCACUUCAGGCACGGCGACGAAGCAAACGCCCGAAUCGACUGGCGUCCAGGCACCAUGGCCCGCGCAGUCCGCCUUCCCGGCCCCAUAUAAGAAGUACUUCCUCGACGCCGAAUACGAGACCAUGUCGCGGCCUUCUACCCCUACGAUCCCUGAAAACGUCACCGUGGAGCCUAUGGAGGAAGAUAGCGCUGGUGGUGAGGGUAACGUCGAGCUCAAGGAUACAUUCGAGUCAGAGAUGGAUAAGGCAUUUAUGAAGUUCUCCAUGCGUCUUGCCCAUAACCCUGAGCAAGUGCUGCGGUAUGAGUACCGCGGUACUCCACUACUUUCUUCGUACACCGACCAGGUCGGCAAGCGUCUGCAUCCUGAGCACAGCGCUGGUCGGGUGACGACUACCGGUGGUGGAAGUAUGCCGCCGUGUGAGUACUGUGGUGCUCCACGUGUGUUCGAGGUGCAACUGGUGCCUCAUGCUAUCAGUAUGCUUGAGGAUGGGCGCGAGGGUGUUGGCCUUGGUGAAGGUGAUGCCGGUAUGGAAUGGGGGACUAUUAUCUUCGGUGUGUGUGGGCAGGAUUGUGCACCGGAGAAGAUUGGGCAACUUGGUUGGCGUGAGGAAUGGGUUGGUGUGCAGUGGGAGGAGACGAAGUAA